UCAUUAUAAGAGCAACAAAAGUAAAAAAAUCACUCUUCAGAGUUUUUACUUUUGUUGUUUUUUGGAAGGACAAAGGCAUUUUAGGCAAUAGAGAAAAUUUCUCUAUGUUUACUGAAAGAUGUUUUAGCGAGUUUUAGCUUAAAAUAUAGGCUUAUUUUAGGGAAAAUAAUAAUUUAUUACGUGCGAAACAAGGAUGCUUUUAAAAAAUGAGAGAAUAUCUAAAUAACUUAAGCAUGUUAAAGCAUUUGUGUAGAAUAAAACAACUUACACACGCCAUAAUAAUCAGAGCCGCAUCACUACCACUCAAUCGUAGCAGUGGCUUCCUAGAUCUUCGCAGGUUGUAGCGAAACAGAUAUUCGUAUGAGACGCUACAAGAGAUUGCCAACUUCCUGCUCACGCGCACCACAAUCCGGCCCACUAUUGGCAUCAUUUGCGGUUCUGGGAUGGGUGCGUAUUGGAAAGACGGUUCUUUAGCAGAAAGUAUAAUGGAUGCUGAAAGUAUACCUUAUGAAGAGAUUCCAAAUUUUCCGGUGAGCACCGUCGAAGGCCACCAUGGAAGGUUGGUGUUUGGGCGACUUGAUGGUGUGUCUGUGGUCGCCAUGCAGGGACGCUUCCAUUAUUACGAAGGAUAUCCGCUAUGGAAGUGUUGUUUACCAGUUCGUGUGAUGAAACUGCUGGGCGUAAAGACCCUAAUUGCUACAAAUGCAGCUGGUGGACUGAACCCAAGUUAUAAAAUUGGUGAUUUAAUGAUAGUAAAAGACCAUAUAAAUAUGAUGGGUUUUGCCGGUAACAAUCCUCUACAUGGACCCAAUGACGAGCGAUUCGGACCUCGAUUUCCGCCUAUGAGCAAGGCAUAUAAUUAUGAGUACAGAAAAUUAGCUAAAGAGGUGGCGAAAGAAUAUAAUAUAGAAAAUAUCGUUAGAGAGGGGGUAUACACAUGCCUUGGAGGACCGAAUUUCGAGACAGUAGCCGAAUUGAAUAUGUUGAAAAUGGUUGGAGUGGAUGCCGUUGGCAUGUCUACUGUUCACGAGGUAAUAACUGCGCGGCAUUGCGACUUGAAUGUCUUUGCUCUAUCAUUAAUAACGAAUGAAUGCGUCACAAGUUACGAAGCAGAUGAACAAGCGAAUCAUGAAGAAGUCCUUGAUGUAGGACGUAUGCGCCAGGAUGUACUUCGCAAGUUUGUCUCUAGAUUAGUCACUAAGUUCCACCAAAUCGACAGUGCUUCCCCAUAAAUUAGAACCACCUUUAUACAAUAUAAUGAACAUUUAAGACUGUCUUGGAUUUCAUGAACUGGUGAUUCCCACAUUUUUUAUUUUAUUGUGAAAUCACAAGUCGUUAUUAAGUAGGUAUAUUCUGAUAGAUAAGUAUGUUAUUCUCUUCCUGUCCAAGAAUGACCAACAUUUCUAGAGUUGUGUAGGUACAAGGAGUUAUUACGAUAAAGUUUAUCUAAACCUAGUAAACAGUGGAUAACAAAAAUAACUGCAGUGAUAAAGCAGAUUCUGAGAAUUCAUUGAAUUAUAUUUUAAUUAUAUAAAUAUUUGUAUACUUGUAUAUUUGCAAAACACAAGUGUAUUGUAAUGUGUAGAUAUGAAAAUACAACAAUGUUAAACAUAUAAACUAGUGUGCAAAACAAUAUACUCCAUUAAUACGAUUCCAAGAAACACUAUAUUGAUUGUCAAUACGCACUAAAUAAUUUGAAAUAUAUGAAUGCUGUACGGAUGUACAAGCUUUUACCUUUUUGGUACGAAGCCGUACAGAUACACAGAAUCUCGAGAAUAAUAUAGGUAUCAAGGAAAAAUCUACAAAUUUUAAAAUUGUAAAUAUGAUUUAUUCUAUAUAUUUAAGUAUUUAAGUAAACUAUGUUUGUGCAGUAAGUAUUUUAUAUAAGGAGGCCACAUCCUAAGUUAUUUAUUUAUAUAAUUACUAUUAAACUUAUAGGUACAACAUUAAUAUCAGCCAGUAAAUGUUACUUAAUUAAUCCAUAAAAAUACCUCGUACUCGUUAAUUACUGUAGCUUUAUAGCCAUAUGGAGAAUAGAGUUUUAGGAGGUUUUGUAUAAGCAGGUUAUCUGUUUAAAGCCGGUAUAUGUUUUAUAUUUAACUUUAUAAUGUAAGCAAGUGUAUAUUCAAUUUAGUGCCUAUAUAUAUUGAUAUAGAUACUAAAUCAAUUUCUAAUGAUAGAAGCUAUAUCUAACUGAAUCUGGUCAGCGACUGGUACACCCACGAACACGCAGUGGGAUGGAGAUUGAGAUUGGGUCAACAAAGAUCUUUCUGUUUAGCAGUCUUUGGCUGUUUCUUCCACAUUAGCUUCGUUCCAGCUUCUAUAAAAAGAGUCCAAAAUACAAAUACAAAAGUUCAUUAAUUAACAGGCGCCGUCAUCUGUAUCAAAUUUUGAGGAUUACGAAGAUAGUUGACCGUCAUAAAAACAAAUUUUUUGUACAAAACAUUACCAAUAAUAUUAGCCAAAUUGAUUAAUCUAAAAAUACAUAUUACCUACAUAUCUAAUGGAUAUUACUAGUUUCUGAAAUAUUUGAUAGCGCAAGGAUCACUGCCAUUCACAUGAGGGUGUUAUCUUUUACGUUUGAAGCUCUUUUUUUAAUAUGUAUUUUAGUGAUAGAUACAUAUGUAUAUAUCACUGUAA